AUGGGGUCCACGGCUGCCAGCUUCGAUCUGGACAACAUCCAGGGUGACAUCUGGCCUGGCUUGUUGAAGAGAUACCAGAAAUUCAUUUUCUUCACCAUCGACAACGCAACUACUUUCAAACCCAUGCUGAAAAGGCUGGUGGAUGAUGAAGUGAUUACCACUGCCAAUGACGCCCUGAAGGAUCGUGUGGCCAUCAGCAAGGUCGCUCAGGCUCAGAAGGGAAAACCAAGCAAGCCGGGUAUAGUUGGGAGCUUUCUCUCCUUGACCGAGACAACGAUCAAAUCCAUCCACGAUCUUCUACCGGAGCAUGAUCACAUCCAAAGGGCUCAAGGAUCGAGUGAUAUUGCCCUGGCCAGGUCAAACAUUGCCUUCACCAACAAGGGCAUGGCUAAGUUGAACAAAGACCUGCUCUUCAAAGAUGACCCGUUUCUCAAGGGCAUGUACGCAGAUCUCCAUGGCGAAGGCAGAGAUCGUGAAGAGCAAUGGCUUUCUGCAUUCAAAAGCGACUCAGUUGAUGGAGUGAUUCAUAUAGCUGGCACCAAACACGAAGUUGAGGAAAAAGCGAAACAUCUGGUUGAAAGUUACCUGGGUCAGAAGAGCAUUGUCACGACAAUCGAGGGUAAAGAAAGAUGCGGCGCCGAAGGACAUGAGCACUUCGGAUACUUGGACGGCGUUUCGCAGCCACUCCUCAAGGGCCUGGAUGACGAAGCUGCAGCGAAGCCAGGAGCCAUCCCGCAACGAACUCGUCCUGGAAUUAUCCUAUUCGGACACGAUGGAGAGAUGGACAAUGAACCUCGGUUAAUGCAUCCACCGUGGGCCAAGGACGGCAGUAUCAUGGUUUUCCGCAAGAUCAAACAACUCGUGCCGGAAUUUGACAGGUUCCUGGAAGCAGAGGCUCCAAAGCUCCACCUCACCGCGGACCAGCUUGGCGCUCGCAUCGUUGGACGCUGGAAGAGCGGAGCGCCUGUUCAGCUCCAUCCCUGGGAGGACCCCGUCGCGAAGGAAACCGACCCAGCAAAGAAAAAGGAGCUCGCAACAUGGAACAAUAUUGAAUACCCCACGCAAGACCAGUUCAACUGCCCAUUCGCCUCCCAUAUGCGCAAGACCAAGCCCCGAUCCGUCAUCGACAACGAUGAUAAGUUCGACAUUAUGCGCCGCGGUAUCCCCUAUGGAGAGGAAAUGGAUGUGGAUGAGAAGAAAGGUACCAAGUCCCAAAAAGACCGCGGUCUUUUGUUUGUGUGCUACCAAACCAGUCUUUCCAACGGCUUCCAGUUCAUUAAGAACCGCUGGAUCAACCCCGACACUUUUCCGGCCGGCAAAAAGAAGUUCACUGGUGGCAAGUAUCCACCUGGGCAGGAUGCCCUUAUUGGCCAGUCGCUCAAAAACCCCAUCGAUGAGGAUGACAAGCUCCUGCACAUCAUGGUCUACGAUGAUCACGACAAGGAGCACAAGAGAAUCACUUUCGAUCCCUGGAUCGAAGCUCAAGGCGGUGAUUACUUUUUCACCCCAUCCCUGGAUCUUCUUCGGAAGCUUGGUGCCUCCGCCUAA